AUGUAUAUAUUCCUUUCCAACUUCUCCUUGAUGGAAAUUGGUUGCACAACUAUAAUUGUUCCAAAAAUGUUGACUGACCUACUUAAUAGCAAGGAAGGUAUCUCUUUCCAAGGAUGUCUUACUCAGUUUUAUUUUAUUUUAUUUUCUGGUUCCAUGGAAAAUAUUCUUCUUGCCAUGAUGGGAUAUGACCGCUACCUGGCUAUAUGCAAUCCUUUGCGCUACUCAUCCAUAAUGACUCAUAAUUUAUGCUAUCAUAUGGCAUUUGGGUCCUGGAUCACCAGUUUUCUUAUGCCAUUGAUUCCCACAAUAUUUGUCUCAAAGUUACACUUUUGUAAUAAAAGAGGUAUUGACCACUUUUUCUGUGAUUUUGGACCCUUGGUUAAAUUGUCUUGCUCUGAUACUUCAACUGCAGCAAACACUUUCUUUGGUCAGGCUUGGAUUCUCAUACUAAGCUGUUCUACUGUUACAUUAGUUUCCUAUAGUUAUAUAAUAGCUACCAUUGUAAAGAUUCCGACCUCUAAUGGUCGCCAAAAAGCAUUUAACACCUGUGCAUCCCAUCUUACUGUGGUUGGUAUUUUCUAUGGCACUCUAAUUUUUAUGUAUGUGAGACCUUCUGAAGUGAACACAUCCCACUUGGACAAGAUAUUAUCAGUGUUUUACUCUGUGGUCACCCCACUGCUAAAUCCAAUUAUUUAUAGUCUGAGAAAUGCAAAUAUUAAAAUUGCACUGAAGAAUAUUCUUCAGAGAAAAUGGGAUAAUAUAUAA